GGCAAAAACUCAUAUUAAUCUCUUCAUCACAACAUCAAAAGUCGUCAAGAACUUUCACCAAAAUCAUAUAACAAUUUCCCAAGAUCAAAACUAUGGCUAAUUACACCAUAAUAGUGUUCGUUUUCUCGACGUUCGGUUGCAUUUUACUUGGCCUAGCUAUGCUUGCUUUCUGCUGCUACUUGAAGAAAAAGAAGAAGAGCAAAAUAAUAGUUGAAACAAAAGAAGUGAAACACAUUGAUGACCAUCUUAAAAUCAAGGAAGCAACUGUUGAAGGACCUCAUGGGAAACUUGAGAGAGUGGCACUCUCUGUAGAAGAAGAUUUGCAUGAAAAAGAUGACAUUGUGAGGACAAAGAAAGGGUCAGAAGAAGUUCAUCAUCAUAACUCCCAUGUCAAUAAUAAUCCUUCAGAAAUUACACCACCUGCUCUUGAAGCUGGCCAUGGACAAACUUGAGCAUCAAUUCAUGAUUUUCAUUUAAAAAUAAAUGCAAAGUAUGAGAGUUACUAUUGUAUAAAGUAACUACGCUUCUUUCUUUUAAUGUUUCAAUUUAUUACCCAAAACUGUUCAUAUAUCAUUCAAUUCUUGUACAAAAUACAGAUGAGAAAUUUAUUCAGUUUCAUUCAGUUUA